CUGAUCACCCUCGAGCUAUCCCCAUUCGUAUUCACAGCAACAUGACUUUCGACCUGCGCUCGCUGCUGCGUCCCAAUGUACGGGAUCUGAAGCCAUACCGCUGUGCCCGCGAUGACUAUGAUACAGGUAUUCUCUUGGACGCCAAUGAGAACUCUUUCGGUGCUCCGAUGAAGACGGAAGUGCCUGAGCUCAACAGAUACCCUGACCCUCACCAGAGCGAGCUACGGUCGUUGAUAGCCGACUUCCGCGGAGUACAAAGCGAGAACGUCUUCGUGGGUGUGGGUAGUGAUGAGGCGAUCGACCUGUUAAUGCGAGUCAUAGGCACUCCAGGCACAGACAAGCUCAUGACCACACCACCCACCUACGGCAUGUACAAAGUGUGCGCGAACAUAAAUGAUCUGCAGGUAGUGUCUGCGCCACUCACGCCGACCUUUGAGCUGCGUGUGGACGAGAUGCUUGCCGCCGUCACACCCGAGGUCAAGCUGAUCUUCGUCUGCUCACCCGGAAACCCCACGGCAGUGUGUUGCAAGCGCGAGAAUAUCAUUAAGCUGCUCAAGGCAUACACGACUGGCCUGGUUGUGGUUGACGAGGCGUACAUUGACUUCGCCAAGGAUCAAAAGUCGUGCUGCGACUUACUGGCUGAUUACCCUAAUUUGGUCGUCUUGCAGACGCUGUCAAAGUCCUUUGGCCUGGCGGGAAUCAGGUUAGGCAUGCUCUUCGGCAGUGAGGAGAUUGUCAGUACACUCAACAAGGUCAAAGCACCGUACAACGUCAACAAACUGACCUCUAAGGUUGCAAUUGAGGGAAUGAAGAACAUUGACCAGAUGAAGGCCCAUGUGCGUGCUACUUUGGAGCAGCGUGACGUAGUGACCGCCGCACUGCAGCAGAUGGAGACGGUCAGGAAAAUUCAUCCCACAGACGCAAACUUCUUGUUAGUGCAGAUCGAUCACAGUUUAGAAGUGUACAAGCGCAUGGCUGACAGGGGGGUGGUCAUUCGGUACCGUGGAGACCAGACACACUGCGACGACUGUGUGCGCAUCACCAUUGGCACGGCAGACGAGAACGAGAAGAUGUUGUCACUGCUGCGAGAGAUUGCGGCUGAGUUGAGUUGAGUGACUGAGAUAACGGGUGGAGAUGCAAGAUACACAAUACAGCGGUGGACGGGGGGUGUUUACUUAAAAUGAUUUAGGGUUUAGUGUUGAAGAGUAUGGUAGAUGGGGGCCCUGAUGACUCGUCACGCUACUGUAUAGGGUGCCUGUGAGGUUAUUGAUGGAGAUGGGUUACAACGGACAAGUGAGUUACGUAUAGGAAACUCUAGCCAACUUAAGCUCGAUAAGUUUAAUAAACCAAACGUAAUCAGGGGACA